AUGGCCAUUCAGACAGUACUUAUCAUUAAUAAAUCUGGUGGACUAGUAUACCAGCGUGACUUUCUAGCCAGCUCGACUAAGCUUUCAAGUAAUGAUUACUUGAUCUUAGCAGGUACAUUACAAGGUGUAACAGCAAUCGCGAGUCAGGUUACACCAAAAGCACUACAAAUAUCAGGCUCUAACUUAUCUAAGGCGGCAAAUGAAACUGAAUACUCAAUUCCUUAUGCUGGCCCCCUUGGUGUCAAAGACCAAAAAGAGGAUAUGGGAAGCUUUCUACCUCCUGAUUAUUUUACAGAUAGCUUUGCGAGUUGGAGCAAAAGUGGUCUCAAGCACGUUACAACCGACCAGUUUUCGCUAUUCCUGUAUCAGUCUAUGACUGGUAUGAAAUUUGUAGCUAUCAGUACACAAAGCAGUACCAGUAAUAUGGCCGUAAGCUUUGCAGAGAAUUUCCUCCGCAAGGCAUAUUGUCUAUAUGCGGAUUUUGUCAUGAAAAAUCCUUUUUAUGAACCGGAAAUGCCUAUUCGCUGCGAGCUAUUUGAUAAGAAAUUGACCGAAUUUGUGCAGCAUCUCUGA